AUGUUCAGCGUCGUUUGCCCUGAGCAGUAUCAUGAGGCCUUUUUCGCGGAGGGACUUAGAUCGGAUGGGAGGUCGUUUUCCGAAGCCAGACCAGACUUUACAAUAUCCAAGGCCUCUUUGUCUGAAUCUUCAGAGUAUCAAUCACACAUCGUUAGGAAAGGAAAUUCAGUCAUUUACAUAAACAUUUUUCCGCAGGUUACCACGCCUAGUGUGUCUGGAUGUGGAUUUCUUGCAACCAAAGUUUCAUUUUAUUCAAGCCCAAGUGAAAUCUACCCUUCUAAAGACAAGGACAUCAGAUAUUCCCAAGCGUUGCAUUCGAUCCUUUAUCCGGUUUUGCAGCACUCUACCUUUCCAAUCAAUGAAGGCUCCAGCGCCGUUUGGGCCGUUUAUCUCGAGGUGCUUGUUCUUGUUGAUGACGGAUCUAUUUUUGAGCUAAUCCUUGAUGCCUCUGUGGCCGUGCUGAAGGCAUUUUUCCUUCCUGUAGUGACCAUAGACGAGCUGGAGGAUGGAUCGGUGAUUGUCAGCAAGUCUGGAAGCCUGUCUCAAAUACCUUUGAUAGCUCCCAAUAUAAAUUUAUCCUCCAAAACUAUUGCCAUUAUACCUUUAAGCCAACCCAAAGAAAUGGAUAUCAACUCUGACCUUCCAGAGAAAAUUAUCCUGGUGGAUCCAACACGAUGUGAAGAAUUAUUGCCCAACAAGUCCGAUAUCAUGAUAAACAGCAUUGCGAACUCGCAAGAAUGCUCCAAGAAAAUCGUCAAUAUUUCCAAACGAUAUGGCCCAUCGUUGCCUUGGAAUUUAAUCCGCUCCUCAAUUGAAUAA